AUGGGGCGGGACCAAAAGAGCAGGCGGCCAGUUGGCUGUGCUGUUCGUGGGUACGGUGGCCAAUAAGAACAGGGAGUGGGGUCCCGGGCCUAAAGGAAUCGACAAGCGGGAGGGGGCUACGGGACCAUGGGCCUUUUGACCAUCCUGAAGAAGAUGAAGCAGAAAGAACGGGAGCUGCGACUGCUCAUGCUCGGCCUGGACAAUGCUGGCAAAACCACCAUUCUCAAAAAGUUCAAUGGGGAAGAUGUGGACACCAUCUCCCCGACACUUGGCUUCAACAUCAAGACCCUGGAGCACCGAGGGUUCAAAUUGAACGUCUGGGACGUGGGUGGCCAGAAGUCGCUGCGCUCCUACUGGCGGAACUACUUUGAGAGCACCGACGGCCUCAUUUGGGUGGUGGACAGUGCUGACCGGCAGCGCCUGCAAGACUGCGCCAGGGAGUUGCAGAGCCUGCUGGUGGAGGAGCGCCUGGCUGGAGCCACCCUCCUCAUCUUCGCCAACAAGCAGGACCUCCCCGGAGCGCUGUCUUGUAAUGCUAUUCAAGAGGCCCUGGAGCUGGACUCCAUCCGCAGCCACCAUUGGUGCAUCCAGGGCUGCAGUGCCGUCACUGGGGAGAACUUGCUGCUGGGCAUUGACUGGCUCCUGGAUGACAUCUCCAGUCGCAUCUUCACAGCUGAAUGAGCCCCUCCACAUGUGCCUGGCUCAUGAUCCGGGCCCUAGCCAGACCACCCACGGGCUUGGGCGCCAGCCAGCAGACUAGCACUCCACUCCCUGCCCCCUGUAACCUGCUGCUGCUACUGCUGCCCGGUGCCCACCCAGGGCCAAGAAAGAGUGCUGGGGCCGGGAGGGAGCACCACUGCUGCUACCAAGGCCCCUCCUUGUCCUCCGCUGUGGUGAGAAUAAAGCACUCCUUGCCUGGCU